GUGCGCAAUGUCUUUUUCUUCACCAUGGCUUCUUGUUCCUGCAUAUGGCAUGAUGUUCGCGACUGCCUAGUCUAUAUCUUCCUGAGGAGCCAACCCAAUGCGUGUGCUUGUGGCUUUUCGGGGGAGUCUACCUAAGGCUAUCGUGAGCUUCAUGCAGGUACGCGGGCAAGCCACUUCGGCUCCGAGUCUUAGAAUGUUAUUGCCAUCUUGUGUGCACAUGCUCGUUAGCUAAAUAGAUGGGUAUAUAACUGCACGGCUCCCAGCUCUUGUUUAGUCACUCGUCUCACUCUCUACGAGCACCUCACCAAUAGUCACUCUCUCGCUCUUUGUCAAGCUGUCACUCCUUCUACUGCAGCAUAAUCCUUAAUUAUUAAUACCACCCACCAUGCGCUGGACACUCCUACUCUCCCUUUCAGCGGCGGUGACGCUUGCCGCUGGUAAGGUAUCGACGAAUGCGCGCUGCGGAAACGCGUACAAUGCGUUGCCAGGAGGUAUGACCUGCAAAGGUUCAAAGUGGGGUGAUUGCUGCUCGCAAUAUGGCUACUGUGGCAAGACCAAAGACUAUUGCGGAACUGGUUGCCAGUCGCCGUUCGGUACUUGCAACAACGCAGUCGCACCAGCGCGUACUUCGACAGCAUCUAGCCGCAGCAGUACUUCAACCUCUAUCCGAACAGCUCCAUCGACAGCACCUUCUGCUACUCCCGCAAAGGUCAAGGUCACCACCAACGCUCGCUGUGGAAAUUCGUAUGGGGCCUCACCGGCGGGAAUGACCUGCUCAGGUGGCAAGUAUGGCAACUGUUGCUCGCAGUACUCGUACUGCGGUAGCUCAAGCGCAUACUGUGGAACCGGGUGUCAGCCAGGAUUUGGAAAGUGCGAUGUUGUUUCGUCUUCUGCUAGCUCUUCGACUUCCAGCUCCUCCAGCUCCUCCAGCUCCAGCUCCAGCUCCAGCUCCAGCUCCAUCAGCGCUUCGUCCUCUACUCCCACUCUGCUUUCUACAUCGACUAGCGAAACGAUCACCAGCAUCAUAUCAAGCUCGUCAUCGUCCAUCGACUCUUUAACAUCAUCCUCAAUCCUGACCUCUUCCAGCGAGUCUUCCGUUAUCUCCGCAACUCCCAUCGCCGAAACAGUCUCCUCCUCUUCAUCAACACCAUCACCUUCUCCGUCUGCCACUGAACUCUGUGGUGUAGUAGGAGUCGACACCGUCAAUUUGCAGAUCAUAGCAAACUCGCCAUUCGCGACCGUCGACGACUGCCUAGCUAAGUGUCGCGCCGAGAGCAGAUGCGGCAGCGUCAUCAUUUACUCAAGCACGUGCUACCUAACCCAACUACCCAUCACUACUACGAACGUCACGCCCCAGCCAGGCUCUGGUCUCACAUACUACAACCGCGAUUGCGGAACCAGCGCCCCAGUGACUACCGCACCACCCACAACACUAGCGACAUCCACAUCAACAUCCACCACGACCCCAACCCCGACUCCCUCCGUCUGCGUUCCCGCUGCGCCAACAGUAUCCUGUGUCAAAUACCCAGAGUGCCAGCAAUUCACCACCCCACUGUCUAACGCCUGCCCAGCCAAUGGUAGCCAAUGCAAAGACAACUACUUCGUCCGCUGCGAGAACAUACCCGCCGCUGGCUCCCAAGUGAUCCAGGCAUUUGGCAGCGUGAAUGCGGAUGUGUGCCGCCAAGAGUGCGACAAGGUGGAUGCUUGCGCAGCUUUUGCGUUCGGGUCUGGAACUUGUACUCUGUACCGUACGAUCAACGGAUUCAUUUCGGACUCAGCUACUACAUUUAUUAGGAUUUGUGAGAAUACUUGUGCUGGGCAGCCGGUGAAGAGGAGCGAAGAUAAAAACACUGAACCACAGUCUGUAAGUAUUGCAAAGUGGACACAGGGUAACCCGAAGGCAUCUUAGGAUACUCACAGUGUCUAUCAUCGAUACAUAAGUCCGUUA